UCCUCUUGAAGUGUGGUCCCGUGACUAAUUUCAUUUGAAUUUGAGCACAAACCUCUAGAUGUUUCCUGUUUCGAGCUACCCCUCCACUGAAGCUCGGAGUGGAUGGUAGAAAGUACACGCUUUACCGUUGAGUACGUUUCCCAUAGUUGAGUCAAACUCACCGGAUUUUGUCCUCGUUUUUUACCGACACAUUCAUUUGCCUUCAGCGCGACACGUCAUUGGAGUUAGUUGGAGCAGUGAACCAGGAUGGGGAUGGUCCAGUCAUCAAUGUGAGCUCUGUCCAGGACCGGACGCUGUGUAGGAGUGCUGAGGGGCUUGACCUGUAGACCCUUAAACCUCUGAACUCUGACCGCUCCAGCUCAGGAUGGAGGAGCAGUCCAGCUGCCCCAAUGUCAGCAUUCCCUGCUGCCCCAAUGUCAGCAUUCCCUGCUACAACGAGCAGAGGGACAAGAAGAAGCGCUACACUGUUUACAAAGUGAUGGUCAAUGUAGGAAGACAUGAGUGGUUUGUCUUCAGGCGAUACGCAGAGUUUGACAAGCUCUACAACACAUUGAGGAAACAGUUUCCAUCUUUGAACUUGAAAAUCCCACCCAAGAGAAUAUUUGGGGACAACUUUGACCCAGAGUUUAUCAAGCAAAGAAGAACAGGUUUACAUGAGUUCAUUCAGAGACUGGUCUCACAUCCUCAGCUCAGAAACCAGCCUGAUGUCAGAGCAUUCCUGCAGAUGGACAAAUCUCAAAACUUCUCAGACCCAUCAGAAGACGAAGAUGACAAGAACGGCUCUACCUCCAGAAAUAUUAACCUGGGACCGUCUGGAAAUCCACAUGCAAAGCCCACAGACUUUGACUUUCUCAAAGUCAUUGGAAAAGGGAGCUUUGGAAAGGUUCUCCUUGCUAAGCGGAAACUGGACGGAAAGUAUUACGCAAUCAAGGUCCUGCAGAAAAGGGUCAUCCUCAACAGGAGAGAGCAAAAACACAUCAUGGCGGAGCGCAAUGUGCUACUGAAGAACAUGAAACACCCUUUCCUGGUUGGCUUGCAUUAUUCCUUCCAGACGACUGACAAGUUGUACUUCGUCUUGGAUUUUGUCAACGGGGGAGAACUCUUCUUCCAUCUUCAAAAAGAACAGACUUUUCCGGAACCCAGAGCCAAGUUCUACAUCGCAGAAAUGGCAAGCGCACUGGGCUAUCUGCAUUCUCUUAAUAUAGUUUACAGGGAUUUGAAGCCAGAAAAUAUCCUUCUCGACUCUGAAGGACAUAUAGUUUUGACUGACUUCGGGUUGUGCAAGGAAGGCAUUUCCCAAGCCGAGACGACAAGCACAUUUUGUGGGACACCCGAGUACCUAGCUCCAGAGGUCCUGAGGAAACAACCGUAUGACAACACAGUGGACUGGUGGUGUCUGGGAUCAGUGCUCUAUGAAAUGCUCUUUGGCCUGCCUCCGUUCUACAGCAGAGACACCCAUGAGAUGUAUGACAACAUCCUUCACAAGCCCCUGAGGAUGCGUCCCGGAGCGUCAAACACGGCCUGGUCCCUCCUGCAGGCUCUACUGGAGAAGGACGGCACACACAGACUGGGCUCCAGAGAUGAUUUUAAUGAGAUCAAAGCGCACUACUUCUUCUCAGAGAUCAACUGGGAUGACCUGGAACAGAGGAAGGUUCCACCUCCAUUCACUCCCAAUGUGAAUUCUCCUCAUGACAUCACAAACUUUGAUCCAGAAUUCACAGGCGAGACUGUUACGAACUCUGUGUGCUAUACUGAAGAUUCCAUAGUCAACGCCAUCGUGAUGGAGGCUGACGAUGCCUUCCUAGGUUUCUCCUAUGCACCACCCUCAGAUGACUCCUUUCUAUGAAAGACUCGCUAUCCCUAGCAGAGUGAGGCUGUGUGUCUGUUCUGUAUCAGUGUGAACCCUUGUGACCUAAUGGAACUGGAUCCUAGAUUGGGUGACUGUGCUCCGUGACCCCUCAAAGCUACGGCACUAUCUCA